AUCUAACCCUAACUGUUACUUACACAGAGUUCAGCUUUAAGUGGCCACGGCCGCUACUUUAACAAGGCUUCUCCUUCCCUGCAGGGUAGCUGUACCUUGAUGGGUGUGGAGCUGGGCUGCAAAGGGGAGGAAGUCUGCAGAUUACACAUAUGAUGGACUGGAACGACUCACAUGCUCUGCUCUCUGGGGAGCAGCUCAUCUUUGCCAUCACCAUACCGCUGUCGACCGCCAUCAUCUUGGCCAACCUCGUCAUCAUCUUGGGCAUCGCCUGGAACCGCCAGCUCCACAACACAACCAACUACUUCUUCCUCAGCCUGUUAGUGGCAGAUCUGUGCACCGGCGUGGCGCUGCCUUUUAUACCAUUAAUGGGUCUGAACCGGGCGUUGAGUUUUAGCUCAUGCCUCGUGGCUCACGUUUUCCCAAACUUCCUCUUCCUGGCGUUCCUUUUCAACCUGGUAAUGGUCCACUACGAGCGCUACAUUUGCAUCGUCGACCCCCUGUGUUACAAUAACCUGUGGAUGCAUCGCAGCUUUCCUCUGGCGUUGCUUGUGGUUUGGGCGCCACCACUUCUGUACGCAUCCCUACCUGCUUUUGGUUGGAAUAACUGGACGGGGCCCGAUUGGAACGGCUGUUGUGCAAGUAGCCCAAACAUAACGCUUCUUUCAAACUGUUCAACAAACAAAACCACGUGCUGCUCGUACAGGCGAGUAUUCCCCAACGCUUUUAUCUACUUGGAGGUGUAUGGGCUCGUCUUACCUGCUAUUCUUACCAUCGCUGGCAUGACUGGCCAUGUUUUAUGGAUCACCCGAGGUCAGCUGAAAGACAUUUGUCGCCUUCAUCGAUCAGUGGAGCGGGGAAGUCAGGCCUCGGACCGAGAGCAGAGGCUGAACAUGCGGUACACUCGCUGUCUGGUGGCGGUGUCACUGACGUUUCUCGCAUGCUGGGUACCCUACCUCAUUUACAUGCACGCCUGUGUAGCGUUCUUGAUCGGCGACACCAAGUGGAGCUCCACUACUCACAUCGUGCUGUCAUGCACUGGUAUCGGAAGCAUGGCAGUGGUGCCGCUGGUGCUCGGCCUAGCUAACAGGCAGUAUACGGAACCGGCAUUCAAACUUCUUCAGAAACUCCGAGACAGAUGGAGGCGAAAGAUGCAGGGAUCACAGGAGGUGGCAGUCUGAGAAAAUACUGACGAAUAUUUAUGAAGGUUAAUGUGGAAGAAGUCAUGUUGCUCAGUUUAAUGCCCACAGUAUAUUGAUCAAAGCCAUUGCAUUGAUUCUUUCACAAUUUAUUUAUCAAUGUUACUUAAAAAAAAAAGAAGAAAGUCCACGUAUUGUUUUACACUGGGUUUGCAAUGAUCAUAUCUGUAUGUAGCUUCCCAUUUCUGAUGGUUUUCCAUAACAUUUUUAUAAUUUAGCGGACAAUAUUACUGUAUCAGGAGAUAUAAUUGAAAAGAUGAAGGAAAGUUAGUAUGUGUUUUUGUCAGGACAACAUUAAAACCAACAUCGUCUCAAACAACAGUCAGUUAGUCAGUUUGCUAACUUGCUCACAAUGCUAACAUGCUGAUAUUUCGCUUGCAUAAUAAUACCUAUAAUGUUAAUUGUCAUUUUGGGAACAUUAGGAAGAAAGGUUAUAUAAAAUACCCUUGUAUCAGUGUUGUACAUCCUUUAAAUAUAGCUCAAAGACAUCCAGUAUAUCCUCACUUCUGUAUGUGCUGCCUGCUCUGGAUAUCAUAGUAGAUUGUCUCCCAUCUGUCACCCACCUUCCCUGAAAUGUUUACUCCUACUUCCCUCACUAGUGUUUAUCUAUAUGCUGGUAUGCAAGCUGAAGAGGGGAGAGGGAUGCACCCCCUGUGAGGGUAGAGCUUCAGCAACAACAUGCAGGAAAGAACCAUGACGUGAAAACCAUGUGUGCAUGUUAGUUUCUUCCAUAUUUAGAUAAACUGUUACAGGAAGGUUAAAUACUGUAAAAGCAGGCUUCGGAGAAACAUCUGCUGCUUCCAAAUAAUUGUAUUUGAAGACUCAAAGUUGUAUUUGUCGUGAAGAUCCACUCAAGGGAAAUGAGAUUUUUUUUAUUCGAGACUCGAUUAAACACGGAAUAUGUGUCAUCAGAAAUCAGAAUACUUUAUUGAUCCCCCUCAGGGAAAUUGUGAAGUUGCAGUUGCUCAGAUUUAAGGUUAAAAAUUAAAAAUAUAUAUAAAAAUAAGAGUGAGAAAAAACUAGUCAAUAAGUGAUAAAGUAACAUAGCUAGCGUGCAAGAAAUAAAAAUUGAAGUCAAAGUAAAGUAAAAGUAGGUUAAGAAGAUAUUACUACAACAAUGGAUGGUACAAAUGCUAUGGGAGUUGUACAGUGUCAACGUAAGUAGCAGCAGUGAACAAGUGGCUGAAACAUGUCAGACUGUAAUAAUGUCAGAAAUGCAAUUUGUUUCCCCCCAAACAAAGUGUGGUUGUAAAUGUGUACAUACAGUAUGUGGGUGGAAAAGAGACAAGCUGAUCUGGAGAAGCAGACUUUAAUUAAAUUAAAGAGCAAUCAAGGUCUGAACCGUUAUGGGACAUUAGGAGCGAUGAGAUAUCAUCAUGGGGUCAGGGUACACUGUCUGUCUGUAGCCUAUAUGUCCUUGUGUUGCUUUGCUAAGUCAUGUUCCAGCGUGUGUUCCACAUUGGAACAUUGUAUACGUGUGUGUCCAUAAGACCGAGGAGAAUCGGGAGAGGAGGAGGAGGAGGAGGAAGGAAAGAAUGAAGACAGGACGUGACUGUUGGACUCCAGCUCCUAAUGACUGACUGCUACCUUUAUCAUGUGGAAAGCCUCUGACAAAGAAACACACUGUGCCCAAACUGUGUCUGGAUUCUUUACACUUAUAUUCGCUUUCUUUCUGAGGGUGAAAUGAGAAGAUUGAUAUCACUCUCAUGUCUCUACUAUACCUUAGCUUAGCCUGAACACGGAGGGAAACAGCUAGCCUGGUCCAAAUGUACCAACAUCUGCGUGUGUGAAAAUUUUAAUUUGCCAUUUUUUAUAAGAUAUACCGUGUUAAUUAGUA